AGAUAUUGGUCCUAUAUCAGUGACGUCUCAGUUUUGAGUGUUCCUCGUUUAUUACGAGAUAGAUGUUGGCAGUCGUAAAGUAGAGUAGAUGUUGUAACAAUGGGUGUGAAUAUGGACAGUGAAAAUAUAAGACCAAAGGGCCUCGGAGUGAGGCACGCCCAGACCUUCCUGCUGUUCUUGGGGAUGUUGCUGGCGUUCUGCAUGAGGGUCAACAUGAGUAUGGCUAUCGUGGACAUGACGGACGACAGAAACGAAACAUAUUUCGAUUGGAGUUAUAGCGUUCAGUCCAUGAUCCUGUCAUCAUUCUUCUGGGGCUACAUCAUCCUUCAGAUCCCAGGCGGUGAACUGGCAAGACGGGUCGGGGGCAAAAUUCUGCUGACAACAUCCGUGUCGGUCAAUUCAAUACUAUCUCUUUUGAUGCCGUUUUUGGCUAGAACUGGAGGCUGGCCACUCGUCAUAUUGUGCAGAACCUUGCAAGGCCUCACGCAGGCUUUUGUAUAUCCAUGUAUGCAUCAGUUGGUCAGUCAGUGGAUUCCUUUGGAAGAAAAAGGAUUACUGACUACAAUCAUUUAUGCAGGAGCUCAAUUAGGUGUUGCAGUCCAACUCCUUGCAUCAGGUUUUCUGGCCCAGGCCUGGGGAUGGCAAGCUAUAUUCUACACUAACGGUGCUCUUGGCAUGAUAUGGACGGUGGUCUAUGUAAUCUUAGGUGCUGCGAGUCCUGAAGAAUCAAAAAUUAUAUCUGAUCACGAAUUGAAGUAUAUCACCACAUCGUUGGGAAGACUUGGACCACCAAAAAAAUUGAAGACACCUUGGAUCAAUAUGUUGACGUGCUUGCCGUUCUGGGCAGCAGUGGUCGCUCACUGUGGCCAGAACUGGGGUUUCUUUACCCUUAUGACAGAGAUGCCCACUUACAUGGCGAGAGUUCUUGGCGUGAAUUUAACAAAGAACGGAGUUUUAUCUUCAUUGCCGUACUUGGCUAUGUACUGUUUGAGUUUUCCAAUGGGAAUUAUGACUGAUAUUAUUAUAAGGAAGCAAUGGUUAAGCGUCGCCAAUACGAGGAAGUUAACGAAUACUAUCGGACUUUGGGGACCUGCGUUAGCGUUGAUCGGACUGUCAUAUAUUCCGGAAGGCAACAUGAUUCUUGCUGUAAUAAUGUUGACAAUCACUGUGGGCAUCAACGCAGGACAUUACACUGGAUUUAUGCUUAUUUCGAUCGAUCUCGCGCCAAACUUUAGUGCGAAUUUAAUGGGAAUUGAAAAUUUUGUCGCAAACAUUAUCUCUAUUAUUGCGCCUCUGGUCUGCGGAUUCAUAAUACAAGACGAGACUGAUCCCUCUGAAUGGCGCAAAGUGUUCUUCUUAGCUUCAGCCAUGUACUUCUUUACCAACCUGUUUUUUAUCAUUUUCGCAACGUCAGACAGACAGUCGUGGAAUGAACCGGAAGAUAAAGCUGACGUUGAAAACGACCAACAAACUAAAACGGAAAAGGAGAGCGUUCACAUGUAAAGUUAAACAUAUUAAAAAUAUUAUUGCUGUAAAUUUGUGUCAUGUACCUGAUAUUAUUAGAAGUGUUUGAUCUUAGUGAAUACAACUCAAAAGCCUACACCAAUGUGAUUUGUCUGAGUAAAAUCAGUUUCGCGAACUGAUAUUUUAUAGAACACAAUAUGUAAGAUUUGCAACUUAGUUAAAAUUUAUUUAUAAUCAUGUUUCAGGUCCGAAUAAAGAUUUACAGUAUUACAUUAGUAUUCUCAUAACCAAAUCAUACUCUCUUAUUCUUUUUUUUUCUAACAAAUAGAAAAUAAAUCGUGUAUAAAUAAAAAUCUACUUGCUGUUAUUAAUGUAUUCAGAAAAUGCAGCGGUAUGCUCUACUAACCUUUAAUAAAUAUUGUUGGGAAAUUUAUGUUGCACCAAAUUUUUUUUUUUACUCGGAUCUAAGUCAUUGUAAUAUUAUUUUAUAUUAUUAUAUAGACAGUUUUUAUUAAAUAUCUUUUUAUAAUUAUUGUCAUUUGUAUAAAUUUCUAAACAAAAUAUAAAUAAAAUAUGUAAAAUAAGUGUAACCUUAAUUACUUGGCUUAUUUUUUACUAAAACAUAAUAAUUAUGUAUAACGUUGACUUAAGGUUAAUAUCUAUUUCUUAACAAAUAUUUCUUCUUGAUUCAUUAAUUCAUUGUGCAUAAUUUUAUAGUAACUAAUUUGUAAUAUUUCGUAUUUUAUAUUUAAAACUGGCAAAGUCUGAGUCGCACGUCCAGAUAAAAGGUUCCGUACCAUCGGUCAAUAUAAAACAAUAGUUAUGUAUUUUUAAACAAUUUUGUAAAUCAAACACGAGAGAAAAGUCUAAAACAAUACAAUAAAUACAAACAAAUAACGCUUUGUAUGUUUUUUUUGAU